AUGUCAGAUUCUAGAAAAUUCACCUGUGAACAGGAAUUGCCCCUCCACACCUCCACUAUGUCCAGCUGCUGCUGUUCUCCUUGCUGCCAGCCUACGUGCUGCAGAACCACCUGCUGCAGAACCACCUGCUACCAGCCUUGUUGCUGUGGAUCCAGCUGCUGCCAGCCCUGUUGUGGUGGGUCUAGCUGCUGUCAGCCCAGCUGCUGUGGGUCCAGCUGCUGCCAGCCCUGCUGUGGUGGGUCUAGCUGCUGUCAGCCCAGCUGCUGUGGGUCCAGUUGCUGCCAGCCCAGCUGCUGUGGAUCUACUUGCUGCCAGCCAGCUUGCUCUGCACCUGUGUACUGCUGUAGAACCUGCUACCUUCCCACGUGCGUCUGCCUGCCUGGUUGCCUAGCCCAGGGCUGUGGAUCCAGCUGCUGCCAGCCUUGCAGUUGUUGA